CCCCUCCCUACCAGAACAAGGGCCUUGUAAACUUCUGCGAUAAGGGGGAUUCUCGCCCGCGCAGCCUCGCUGCAAGCACGUUCAAGCAAACGCCGUCACGCGCCUAGCUCAGAAUCCCGUUCACGUGGCGUCUAUUUGCGACAAUCUCCGGUCAAGUGCUGACUUGAACGUUUGUGCCCUCAACCGUCAUCACCUUUCGCCUCACUUCUCGCCGCACCCGCCAUGGAGAGCCUGGACGCCGCGCAGCUCGACGCGCAGACCUCUGCGACGGCACCGGAGCCUGCGCCCGAGAAGAUCUCCGCGUACUACUCGCUCGUCUUUCCCCGCUACACGUUCUACGUGCGCACCCUCUCCAUUACUAUCGGACGUCGUACCACCCCGAACCCUGCGGCGCCCUCUACGUCUGCCGCUGCGGACAACGCGCAGGUCGACGUUGACCUGGGCGGGCUCAAGUCUGUCUCGCGCUUGCACGCGAAGAUAGAGUACGACCAGGAUACGGACCGCUUUGUCCUGGACGUAAUUGGGCGCAAUGGCGCGUGGGUGGAUGGAGUGUGGUGUGGGUCUGGAACGCGUGCACCCUUGGGGGAACGCUCGCAAAUCCAGAUUGCGCAGCGCACGUUCCACUUCGUCCUACCCCCUCCACCUCCGCCCGAAGACACGCCCUCGCCCAGCUCGCACUCGUCCACGAACCGCGCACGCUCGCCGUCCGUCGACAUCACGUCCAUAUCGCCACCCACCUCUAUUCCCUCGCAUUCACCGCCGCCACGACCUGAGACCAAGCCUGAACCAGAGGAGGUGGAGAUACCAAUCAAACCACCAUUGACGCCGCCACCCAUCCAGCGCGCGCCCGACACCCAGCUUCCUGACUCGAACUCCAUAUCACGCGCUUCAUCAAGCAGGCCUACUAAGCGCAAGAAGCCAGAUGCCGAUGAGCCCGCACCACCGCGGCCCGCGCCUCUCGUACCGAAGCCCAAGCCACGGCCGGAGGAGAUGCCACCCAAGCCUCAACUCACGUACGCUCAGCUGAUUUACAAGGCUAUCAAGGGCAUCGGGGGCAAGGCGACACUGCAGGAAAUAUGCGCCUGGGUCAUGAACAACUACGAAUACUACCAAUAUGCAGAGCCCACAUGGAUGUCCUCUGUACGCCACAACCUCUCCUCCGGUCGCGCGUUCAAGAAGGGGGAGCGGUGCGGAGGAGACCGGGGCAAGGGAUUCUUCUGGUCACUGGACGAAGACUACGAGCAGAACUUCAUAGACCAGGAGGCGCGCGCCGCCAACGAGGCCAAGAAGAAGGUCAAGGCCGAGCAGCCGCCCAAGCGCGUCGUGAAGAACGAGCCGCCGCCACCGCUCAUGACGUCGACGCCUCGGCCCUUGCCGGUCAAGGCUGCACCUGCGUCUGGCAGCGGUGCAGGCGCGGGCACUAGUAGCGCUGCUACUCCCGCUACCCCUGCGACGGGUACUAUGACUGUGCCCAUGACGCAGACGACGGCGGUGUCGGGUACGACUGGCGUGUUUGCGUACAAUGCGCAUGCGCUGGGGCAGCGUCAGCCGAACCCGUAUUCAUUCAUGACUGCCCAGCCGUGGACCUUCCCGGCGACCACGACACCUGCGCAGUCCUCGACCGCUGCUCAGCAGUCUGCAUCACCGGCGCCUACUGCUUCGUCCACUCUACCUUCGGCGUCUGUGACUCCACGGCCGGUGGUGCCGUCCGUGACAUCGCCGCCACCGCCUGCGACAUCCCAAUCAGGCGCUACUCCCUCCACCUCUGCAUCAACUUCUACGCCCGCCCCCACCGCCACCUCUACCCCUGCUUCAGCCGCCAAGUCUACUCCCACCAUUCCCGACGUUGUCAUUCCCAUCACCCUCGGGCCCAUCCCGCCAACGCACCCCGACCACGUCCCCAACGCCCCCUACAAUUCCGCCAAGGAAGGGUACAUGAUUCUGCACGAGCGCGCCCUCGUCCUCGACCCGCGCAUCUUCGGCGGGCUGGGUGCCGCGCGGCUCGACGAACUCGGCAAGCUCGGUGCGCGCCGCGCGCUGGGCGAGCUGACGGGGGUCAUGGUGAGGGUGCUGAAGGAGCGGAGAGAGGAGCGGCGGGCACGGAAGGCUGGGAAGCGGGCUAGGAAGGAAGGGAAAGGGGAGGGGAAGGCGGCGGGUGCAGGAGGGAAGGCAGCGGGGGGUAAGGGCAGUGGGAAGGCGACGGGGCAGGGCGCGAUGCCGCCGACAAUUGUGAUGGAUCCGACGCCGAGUGGGGAGGAUACGAUUGUGGUGGUGGACGACGAUGAUGAAGCGGAGGCGGGAGCGCCGGUGGCGAAGAAGGCGAGGGUGGCGUAG